GGACGGAGUGGCCGAGAUAUAUACAAAGAGAGUGUGUGUGUUAGCAAUAGCAAACCUUGUUUUUCUCUAUAAACCCAUACAACAUCAACAUAUACACUCACAUAUCACAGUUUCAUUAAACACAUCAACAACAACAACAACAACAUUGUACUAUUACAAACUCUUCUCUUCUCUUGUAUUCACAAACUCAAUGGCGUGUUCAAGCUUCGCCAAGCUCAACUCUUUGUCUUCCCAGUGGAUCGGCAACAACUCCUUCUCUUCUCGCCGUGGAUCUUCCCCUCUCAUCGCCACUCGCCGAGUUUCCCUUCCGAUCCGCGCCGCUUCUUACGCCGACGAACUUGUCCAAACCGCCAAAACUAUUGCAUCUCCUGGUCGUGGCAUUCUUGCAAUUGAUGAGUCAAAUGCAACUUGUGGAAAGAGGUUAGCAUCCAUUGGAUUGGAUAAUACUGAGGUCAAUCGCCAGGCCUACAGGCAACUUCUGCUGACAACACCUGGCCUUGGUGAAUACAUUUCUGGUUCCAUUCUUUUUGAAGAAACCCUUUAUCAGUCAACAGCAGAUGGAAAGAAGUUUGUGGACUGCCUCCGUGAGGAGAAGAUUGUACCUGGCAUCAAAGUUGAUAAGGGUUUGGUCCCUUUGCCUGGUUCAAACAAUGAAUCUUGGUGCCAAGGGUUAGAUGGAUUGGCUUCUAGAUCUGCUGAAUACUACAAGCAGGGUGCUCGGUUUGCCAAGUGGCGGACAGUUGUUAGCAUUCCAUGUGGUCCUUCUGCAUUAGCUGUUAAGGAAGCAGCAUGGGGACUUGCACGUUAUGCUGCUAUCUCUCAGGACAACGGUCUUGUUCCAAUUGUAGAGCCUGAGAUUCUUCUUGAUGGGGACCACCCAAUUGAGAGGACACUGGAAGUGGCCGAGAAGGUCUGGGCAGAAGUCUUCUUCUAUUUGGCUGAAAACAAUGUCAUUUUUGAGGGAAUUUUACUCAAACCCAGCAUGGUUACACCUGGAGCUGAACACAAGGAAAAGGCUUCUCCAGAAACCAUUGCCAAAUAUACUCUAACCAUGCUUAGAAGAAGAGUUCCUCCUGCAGUCCCAGGAAUCAUGUUUUUGUCAGGUGGACAAUCUGAAGUGGAAGCAACACUAAAUCUUAAUGCAAUGAACAAAAGUCCCAACCCAUGGCAUGUUUCUUUCUCGUAUGCACGAGCUCUGCAGAACACUGUGCUUAAGACGUGGCAAGGACGCCCGGAGAAUGCAGAAGCUGCUCAGAAAGCUCUUUUGGUGCGUGCUAAAGCAAACUCCUUGGCUCAACUUGGAAGGUAUUCUGCCGAGGGUGAAAGUGAGGAAGCCAAUAAGGGAAUGUUUGUCAAGGGCUAUACCUACUAAAAGUUUAGGUGUUUUCGUGCCUUUGUUUUGAACUAUUUAUCAUUCCUUAGUAGCAGUGAAUUCUGAGGAGACUUAGAUGUUUGUACUUUUUUUCACCCCUAACUUCUAGCAAAUGAGUUUGAAUAAAGUGAGCUAUAAAAGAAAGCUUUUCUUGGUGCAGUCGAGGUUGGGGAUUAGUAAAAGUCCACAAGGGAAAGAACAUGAGAAAAACAAUAUUUACUUUGUUAUUGGUUAUUUGUGCUGUUCAAAGAUUUUGCUCUUUGUAGUCCCGUUUGUGAUGGGGAACCUCAUAUUGGCUUCUUCUUUUUUUUGGUAAACAACAUAUUGGCUUAUGUAAUCGAUUGUUCUGUGAGUGAUAUAUU